AUGGACCCUAAGGCGAUUCAGAAGCUCCUAGAAGAUGUCCAGGCUGCACUAGGGACCUAUCAAUCCGACCCCACGGAGACCUCGCGGGUUGAAGCCCAGGAGAAGGCGCUCAAACUGGCACGUGCAUUGGAAAGGCCCCGAGAUGCGAUCUUGAAAAUAUCAUUAUCUCCCACGAUUGUGAUGGCCAUGAAGGUGGCCCAUGACUUGAACGUAUUCCAGGCCCUAGCGAAAGCUACAUCCUCUGUGCCAUUGAACGAGCUUGCAGCUUUAAAGCCCGCGGACCCUCUAUUGGUUGAGCGUAUGAUGCGUGUCCUUGUCGCUCAUGGUUUCGCCGAAGAACCUGAACCGUGCCUUUAUCUUCCCACGCCUUUAACAAAAGAAAUGACCCAGCGGACUUCAAUUGGUAUCGUGGAGUCCCUCUUCCUCGAAUUCCUACCAGGCAUCCAAAAGGUUCCCGAGUACCUCCAAGUCAUUGGAUACAAGAACCCCGAAGACCCCUUGUUCGCCCCACUCCAAUACGCGAACCACAUCAAGCAAGAUGGCUUCUCCUGGCUCUGCGAGAACCCCGCUGCCCUCACCCGUUUCAAUGCCUACAUGGAAGGCCAGCGUGCCGAUCGUCCUCACUGGGCCGACUGGUUCCCUAUCCAAGAUCAGAUCUUGGCUGGCGCUCACAAGGGCCUAGAUGGGCCGCUGCUGGUGGAUAUUGGGGGUGGUCGCGGACACGAUCUGCUCGGGUUCAAACAACGGUUCCCUGAUGUACCGGGUAAGCUAGUUUUGGAGGAUCUGCCGACGGUGAUUGAUGAAGCACGGUCCGCUCUCGAUCUGGACGGCAAUGGCAUUGACGCGGUCGGAUAUGAUUUCUUCGCUCAGGAACAGCCUGUUCAGGGAGCACGCGUCUACUACUUCCGAAACAUCUUCCACGACUGGUCGGACGAUAAGGCACGCCUCAUCAUCAAGAACCUUGUCCCCGCCAUGGAGCGCGGUUACUCGAAGGUUCUCAUGGAGGAGUACAUCCUUCCCGAUAAAGACUCACGGGCGCUAGAGGUAAUGACCGAUAUUGUGGUCAUGGUUUUCUGCUCGGGCUUGGAGCGCACUCGUCAACGGUUCACAAACCUCCUGGAAUCGGCUGGUUUGAAGGUGAACAAGUACUGGACCCGCGAGGGUGAUGGACAGGGCAUCAUUGAGGCCGAAUUGGCUUAA